AUUCUGAUGAUCUUGCGACCUUGCGGCUUAUUCUGGCAUUUGAUUUAUAAGGUGUGGUUUGGCUAUGGCUAUUUUCGAUGGGGUAAUUGGGGCAAAUGCGGCAACCUAAUGUGCUUUUGAUUUGUAAUUUCUCAAAAUUUUCGUCAUUUGGGUGAUACAAUAUGCAACUAUAUAAUAAAAUUGAUUAUUCGAGCACGUACUUCACAAAAUUAUACCUUUUUAAGACGAUGGAUAGUGAGAUGAUAUGUGUUUGUCGAACACUUCAAUAAUCUGACUCUUGGUUCUCUUGGAUGUCGUGGGAUUAUGAUUUUUUAAUUUUCAAGUAAUUGCAUCUUUUUAUUUAAAUUUUCCUUGUGCUCAUUUUAUUGAUUUCUAUCAUGUGAUUGAUUGUGGUUGUGAAAUUAAUAUAGGAUCCCGUUCGCAACAUUGGUUGAAUUGGUUGAACUUGCACAAGUCUGUCCAAUAUUUAGGCCUUGGAAUUCUGGUUGUGAGUGACUGUUUGGCCAUUUGUGAAUUUCCAAGAAAUUGAUGGUUUAGGCUUCUCAUUGAUAGUUGGGCAUAGCCCUCAAAGAAGUCCCGUAAGUAUAUGACAAUUCUGAUUGAUCUGAUAUUAUUGUUUCUUUGUGUCUUUCUGGUGUAUGAUACUUGUCAGUUUGAGGCGUUAUUGUUCUAGCUUAAGUCAAUGGUUAAAAGCUGCUCUAAUGAACUUUCUGCUCUUGUGAACUAAUGAAUUGAUUCAUGUUUUGGGGAUAAUAGUGAGCUGCAUAUCUUUUCAAUGUCUAAUGUCUUGCUGAAAAAUGCACAUUUACUUUUGACAUUUGCUAGCUAAAGUUGUAGGCUAAUGGAUUUUCUUGUUUUUGGUUAUUUUUUUAUUAGUUAUUAUUGUCUUUGUAGACAAUGCUUAUGAGUUUCUUGUUCCAAUUUUGGUUAAUGGUUGGCUUGAAUAUUUGACUAAUCUUUAUAAUACUUGGCAAUAGGGUUUCCUUCUUGGAAUUUUGUAGGUUCACACACUCUAGUUGCCCAGCAUGUUAAUACAUGCAGAUGCUUGAAAUUAUGAAAUUUAUUGAAUGUUGUCUAUGCAUAUUUGAAACAUGUGAUUGCUGGCUGAAUAAUUGGUUUCCAAGGAUGGAAAUUUGGCAUCGUUACUGACAAUUCAAAUGUUAAACCGCUAUAGUCUCUCUGUUGUUGUUGAUCUUCUAAGCUUAAUUUUGCAGUGCCAAAAUGGCCAUACACUCUGUUCAACAUGUAAAACAAGGGUGCAGAAUCGGUGCCCUACUUGUCGACAAGAGCUUGGAGACAUCAGGUGUUUAGCACUGGAAAAGGUGGCGGAAUCGCUUGAGCUUCCAUGCAAAUAUUACUCACAUGGCUGCCCUGAAAUCUUUCCAUACUACAGCAAAUUGAAACAUGAACCUCAGUGCAACUAUAGACCAUAUAAUUGCCCAUAUGCUGGAUCUGAAUGCUCAGUUGUGGGAGACAUUCCUUUCCUGGUCACACAUUUAAGAGAUGACCACAAAGUAGACAUGCACACUGGCUGCACGUUCAAUCAUCGAUAUGUCAAAUCCAAUCCCCGUGAGGUUGAAAAUGCCACAUGGAUGCUGACGGUCUUUAACUGUUUUGGGCAGUCCUUCUGCUUGCACUUUGAGGCCUUCCAGCUAGGAAUGGCCCCUGUGUACAUGGCAUUUUUGCGCUUCAUGGGUGAUGAGAAUGACGCAAGGAACUUCAGUUAUAGUCUUGAAGUCGGGGCCAAUGGACGGAAACUAACAUGGGAAGGUACACCUCGAAGCAUCCGUGACAGUCACCGUAAAGUUCGCGACAGUCAUGACGGGCUCAUCAUACAGAGGAACAUGGCACUCUUCUUUUCGGGCGGCGAGCGGAAAGAGCUCAAACUGAGGGUCACUGGCCGUAUUUGGAAGGAGCAACAGAACAGCGAUGCUGCAGUUUGCAUGCCAAAUCUCUGCAGCUGAAAGCCAUUCCUAACCAUGCUGAGUUAUGGCCAUCAAUCUGGUUACAAUGCAGCAAGCACAAAGAUGCUUCACCAAUGUUACACUCUGAGACUUCUUAUAUGUUCUAAUUAUUAUAUGCGGCUCAAACAUUGUCUAAUGUGUGAAACUCAACCAUAAUGCUACUUAAGUUGCAAUUUGAACUUAAGAGCGUCCUGUGUUCUUCUAGGGUUAUCUAUUUAAAGAAAUAGCAUUAGCAAAUGUGAAGGAACAUGAAAGAGGUGAAUUGAUGCCAGAGGAGUUAGAUGGAGGUCUAAGAAGACAGCAUUAGAAUUUAUAAAUAAAUAUUUAAAUAUUUUCUAUUUAA